AUGUUGGAUGCUUUCAGAGUUGUUUACAAGGGCUAUGGGUCGUAUGGUGGUGGAGGAGGAGGAGGAGGUGGAGGAGGAGGUGGAAACCAGGGCUAUGGUCAGUCCUCUGGUCAGAGUUACAGCCAGCAGGGCUACGGAGGCUACAACCAAGACUCAGACGGCGGCUCUGGCUCCUACAGCCAGGGAGGAUACGGCAGCUAUGGCCAACCACAGUCAGGAGGUUAUGGAUCUCCACCCUCUCACCAGGGUGGUGGUGGUUAUAGUCACUCCAGUCAGUCCUACAGCUCUGGAGGUUACAGCAGCACUAACCAGCCGCCCAACAUGAGCUACAACCAGCAGUCAUCUUUCUCUGGUUACAGUCAGCAGCAGCCACCGCCAUCCUCUUCAUCCUCUGCAGGCUAUGAAGAAAACUCGCAGCCUCCGGGUUAUAACCAGCUGCCCAGCGGUGGACAGAGCGGGGGUGGUUAUGGCAGCGGCGGAGGUCAGAGUGGUGGUUAUAGUGGGAGCCACCCACAACCGUCCCAACGUGGAAGAGGAGGAGGAGGAGGAGGAGGAGGAGGAGGAGGGGGAGGGGGAGGUCACUACAGUCAGCCCCCGAGCUACAACGCCCCUCCUCCUCAGAGCUACAGUCAGCAGAGCCAGUACGGCCAAGAUGGAGGAUAUGGAGGUGACAGCCCUCCGAUGAGUGGAGGAGGAGGAGGAGGAGGGUAUGGUGACCCUGAUGAAGGAUAUGGCGGUCAGGAUGUCCGUGGAGGCCGGGGUCGUGGCGGCGGUGGAUUUGGAGGUCGUGGCGGUGGCGGUGGCGGUGGCGGCGGCGGCGGCGGCGGCGGCGGCUAUGAUCGUGGUUUUGACAGAGGUGGACGUGGUGGACCAAGAGGACGAGGAGGAAUGGGAAUGGCCGAUCGAGGAGGAUUCAAUAAGUUUGGUGGACCAAGAGAUCCAGAACAUGGACCUGGAGGACCUGGAGGACCUGGAGGCUUCAUGCAGGACCAGGAUCACUCCGAUAACAACACCAUCUUUGUACAAGGCCUGGGCGACGACUACACUGUGGAAUCAGUGGCUGACUUUUUUAAGCAGAUUGGGAUUAUUAAGGUCAACAAGAAAACAGGUCUUCCCAUGAUCAACCUGUACACAGACAGAGAGACGGGAAAGCUGAAAGGGGAGGCCACCGUUUCCUUUGACGACCCUCCUUCAGCCAAAGCUGCCAUCGACUGGUUUGACGGUAAAGACUUCAAUGGAAACCCACUCAAAGUGUCCUUCGCCACCCGCAGAGCAGACUUUGGAGGACGGGGAGGCAUGAGGGGAGGUCGAGGACGAGGAGGCCCCAUGAGCCAUGGAGGAUUUGGAGGCGGUCGAGGUGGAGGUUUCCCAGGAGGCAACGGUGGAGGAGGAGCGGGAGGAGCAGGAGGAGCACAGCAGAGAGCAGGAGACUGGAAGUGCUCAAACCCCAACUGUGACAACCUGAACUUUUCCUGGCGUAACGAGUGUAACCAGUGCAAGGCCCCGAAACCGGAGGACGCAGGAGGGUUGAGCCCCAUGGACAGAGGAGGUUACGGAGGCGAGCGCAGAGGAGGCUUCGAUCGUGGCGGCUUCAGGGGCCGCGGUGGCGACCGUGGGGGCUUCAGAGGGGGACGAGGAGGCGACCACGGAGGAUACGGCCCUGGUAAAAUGGACGCAAGGGGUGACCGCAGGCAGGAACGUCGAGGUCGUCCGUACUAAAUCAUCGUUCAAGAACAAAACGAACUCUCGUCCUCAUAAUCAUCAUCCACACAGAGCCACUGUGUCACUGACCUCUUUCUUUCUUUCUUUCUUUCUUUCUUUCUUUCUUUCUUUCUUUCCACGUCUGUUCACACUCCAGUGAAGGUGUGGCAUCAUUUAAAAACAAACUCAGCAUUAAAUUCCAAUGAAAUUCAAUCAUCACAUAAUCACACAAUGAUUAUUUUAAGACAACAUUUUUAUCUGUGAUCAAACAUUUGUCAAUGAAAAGUAAAUAAACAGUCUGUGGAUGUGAACAGCGCCACCUAC